GGGACUGCUAGACAUGUGUCUAUAGGUAAAUUCCUUAAAUAUGCCCAUUUUGCAAUUACUAGAAAAAAGGAAUAUACUUAUUUUGUAGGUGUCUUUGCCGUAGCAUCACUGAUGGUGGGAGCAUGUCGGAUACGGCUUCUCCCAGAUUCUGAAGAGAUCAUAGGAAAUUCAACAUCUCCUUUUGCCCAUGUGGGUCCCAUGGAGCUGACCAGUGCCUUAACGCUAUUGGUUGGCGUGAUUCAGAUCCUCUUCGGAAUUCUACGACUUGGCUUUUUGACCACUUACCUCUCGGAUUCACUGGUCUCUGGAUUUACUACCGGUUCAGCAGCUCAUGUCAUGGUAUCCCAGUUGAAUAAAGUUUUGGGAGUGAAGCUGCCGCGACAUGAGGGUGCAGGAAUGCUUGUAAGGAUGAUCCGUGAUCUGAUCUACUCCAUUCCAUCAGCUAACAUCACCGCUGUGAUCAUUUCCUUCAUAGGAAUUUUGUUCUUGGAUCUUGGCAGAACUUACAUCAAUCCAAUUGUGAAACGAUUCUCUCCUAUACCGCCUCCACUUGAGCUUAUACUCGUGAGUUCUUUUUGCAAUCUGCAACUUCAGUUGACUUCCCUCUUUUUUCCAUUUACCAUCUCUACAAUCUAUUUGCAGGAAUUUUAUGCUGUAGGAAUCAUGUCAGUUGUCUCCUCAUUCUUCCCCGUUUAUCCUGUCGGUGCUUCCUUGUCCAGAUCUUCUGUAUGCGAAAUGUCCGGAGCGAAUACUCAGCUUUAUACUAUAUUUUCAUCUACCCUACUUCUUACUGUCAUACUCGUGUUGGGCCCAUUCUUAGAACCUCUGCCAAUGUGCAUUCUUGCCUGCAUUGUUAUUGUCAGCCUCAAGAGCCUGUUUCUUCAAGUGAAAGAGUUGCCACGGGUUUACAUUGGAUGUGCACGAAUUUUGUUGCAGGUGAUAUGGCUUGUCGCCUGUUUGAGCACUAUACUUACUGAUGUGACCAAAGGACUUAUAAUAUCGCUAGCUUUUGCCCUGAUCUCGAUAGUGCUGCGAGAGCAAUGGCCGCGAUUCUCAACAAGUGCAUUGGAAGAGAUCCCUCCACAACACGUCCCGGAUGGAGUUUCCCUCAUAAAGCCGCGAUUUUCAACAAGUGCAUUGGAAGAGAUCCCUCCACAACACGUCCCGGAUGGAGUUUCUCUCAUAAAGUUUGAAUCUCCCCUUCAUUUUGCCAAUGUCACAUUAUUUACCGACAAGAUAUCAGAGAUGAUAGCAUCUGUUAAAGAAGAGGUGAGAAAUGUCUUUGCUUUGCGUAAAUCUCAUCAAGAGCAUUAG